AUGAAUUACUCCCAGAUAGAACGGGAAUGUCUAGCAGCGACUUAUGCAUGUGAAAAAAACAAUUUGUACCUCUACGGAAAGCACUUCACACUUUUUAGCGACAACAAAGCAUUAGUAAAUAUACUGAACAAUCCCAAAUCAACACCGCCCCCGCGAAUUGAACGAAUGAUGUUGCGACUACAGAGGUACAACUUUAAAACAGAUUACGUCAGUUCUGCAGAUAACAUAUGUGACUACCUAAGCCGAAAUCCAACGGCUAUUGGCACAGAUACAAAAUACAUCGAAAAACACGUUAAUUUUCUCACGUCGUACGCAACACCAAACGCUUUAGACAUUAAUGAUAUAAAAACCGCCACACUAGCUGACCCAGCAUUAAAACAAUUGAUAUUAAUCAUUAGCACAAACAAAUGGCGACAUCUGCAAGAAGCUCCAGAAUCAGACGAAAAAAAGUUAUUAAAACACUUCCACAAAAUAGAAGAUUCCUUAACCUUGAAUUCAGAACAGAAUCUAAUACUGAAGGACAAACGAAUUGUAUUACCAAGAAUAUAUCACCGUACAGUAGUUAAACUUGCCCACGUUGGUCAUCAGGGAUUAUCAAAAACAAAAGCCCUUCUGCGAAGUAAAGUUUGGUUCACCGGCAUGGACAAACUAGUAACAGAUGAAGUAAACAACUGCAUUCCAUGUCAAUCUGUCAGCAAGAAAUCUACGCUACCACCCAUCCAGCCAACAGAAUUACCGGCUCGUAUAUGGCAAGCAGUCAACGCAGAUUACUUGGGACCGCUCCCUGACAAUAAGUAUGCCUUAGUAAUGAUAGAUCAGCGGAGUAGAUAUCCUGUCGUGGCAUUCACAAACAAUACCACAGUAAAGAACUUCACCAACAUUUGUAACGAUCCGGAAACACUUGUUUCCGAUAACGGACCGCCGUUUCGUUCCAGUGAAGUGAAAAGAUAUAUGGAAAAGAGGAGAAUAUAUCAUAGGAGGGUUACGCCCCUAUGGCCACAAGCGAAUGGCGAGGUCGAGAGAUUCAUGUUACCAUUGACAAAAUAA